CGGUGUUUCCAAACGGACGGCGGGGCUCGAGAGGAUCAUGGAUAGGAAAGAAGAAAAAUCAAGCUACUCUUCAGAAAAUAGCUGCAUGCUGGAUCUCCCGAUUACAUAUGGCAUUGAAGAGUAUGGUUCCUCCAUGGACAGAGAGAAUGAAGCCACCUUGAAUUCUGUGUCACUGACUCCAGAAACAGAUGGUGACUCAGAGAAUACAAACGAAUACAAGAAGUUCGCUUGUCCCUUUCAAACCCCUUCAGAAAAAGACAACAGUUUAGGUGGUGGAUCAAAAACCCCAUGGACGUCUCAGAGUGAAGAGACACCAAGGUUGGAGAAGGACAUGGACAUUUUCUAUCACCACCUAAGUCAACCCGAACACAUGGACAGAACGUUUCAUCUCAUUUCAGAGGUGCUGACUACUAGAAUCUCUGAAAUAAAACAAAUGGAGAAGAACGAGUACUCGCUAAGAUGUUUUCAGAUGGCCUGUGUCCUCCUUCACAGUCAGGGUACCAAAAUUUUUCUGGAUCAUCUGGAGAGUCCAUAUUCCUCAGAGUCGCUGGUUAGAUCUGAACGUGUUGCAAAGUGUGUCCUGGGGCUGUCUAUGGACGUGGUGACAUAUGUACUUCAAAACCUAAACAUGACAGAAUUAAAAAAAUGAUACUUGUU